CUGCCGCAUCCACCGUCGCCCCCACCACACUGCCGGCGGCAAGGUGCUCGACGGCCAUCUCUUCUGCCACCCCAACCGGUCCAGGCUUCUCCGAGAAAGGUCUCUCUGUCGAACCCGAACUCGAGCGAGCCCGGAGUAGAUCAUGCAGAUCCGGGCCACCGCCGCCUCUCCGCCGCCGAAUGCCGCACCCGGAGGUUGUCUUCGGCCGGGACCAACCCAGCAGGGUCGACGCCGACCACCCCUGCCCGCCCAUGGGAUGCUGGUCCUCUGCUGGGCUCAUGUUUGGACUCUUGCUGGCCGAGCACCCUAUCCUGGCUAGUUCGAAUAUCGGAGACCCUCUAGCUUGUGAGCACAGCCCUCCUGAGUGCUUGCUGAUGGCCGUGCUCACCUUCGCGAUGAUUAGUUUGGCUCCAAGCCUUGGGUUCUCCAUUGUCGCUCUUGAGAACCUUGAAACUAGAAGUUCUUGUUGCUUAAACUUCUUCCUCGAUCGUCUGUUGUGCUCCGGACAGCGAGCACGACAUUCGGGACCUCGAAAUCUUUCAGAUGACACCUUGGCUGGGAUUCUAAGUCUUGAAAUGAGUGGUCUGGACUGUGGCCGGAGGCAUCGACAGGGGAUUCAACGACCCGGUUUGGUUCUAUUCUACGGUAGAGAUGGGUAUUUUGAUUCGAAGUCAGUUCAACGCUGCUUGCUCGUUGACUUCUUCCUUUUUCUUUUCCUUUGUGAUUGCAUAGUACAUCUAUGUUUACUUACUGAGCUUUUAGGCGUCCUUUGAUUUUUCGUUUGUCUAUUCUACAGUAUUUUUAUCUAUGGUGUCAUGAUCUAGUUCUAGAGUAAUAUUGAUUAUGAUUAGUUGUCAUGAUUUGAUUAUGAUAAUUGGUGACAUUCGUAUUAGUUACAUGGUGAUAUUAUAGGUCAGUGAUAUGGUGACUUGAUUAUAUAGACCUUAUAAGUUAGUGAUAUGGUGACUUGGUUAUAUAGUCUUUAUAGGUCAGUGACAUAGUGACAUUUCCUUCGGGAACAGUGGAUCUAAUUCGGUCAGACAGUUGUGAAUUACUCUUUCGGCUAGUUGCCAUUGUUGAACAUUAAGCAUAUUAUAUCGAUUAUCACAGCUCGUGAGCAUUUUCACGUACACCAGUGGUCUGAUCCAUUGCAAGAGAGUGUUCUAUUCUGAAAAAAAAUGAUCGUACUUUCAAUCCGUGAGCUCUACGAGGUGCCUGUUAGGGUUAAAUGCCAGGUGGGUGAGCAUGAUGUGGUUUAGCCUGAGGUCUUUCGAUCAAUAUGGCAGUUGGUUUGGUUGUUGGUACUAUUCACCCAUUUGAUGCAUUGAUAUAUUCCGUUGAUAAUUAAAGUAGCGGAUAGUUAUAUAUAUUGAUUGAAAGUUGUAACUCUUUCCUAGCCAUUAUUGCCAUUAUUCCAGGAUACCUGUUGAUUAUGCCUAGUUGUCGUUUUCUAUUCAGUAGCAGUAUUUUCGUAUUUAUUACCUGUUAUUAUUUCGUUACUACUGAUCUUAUGAUAUUUGUUCAUUACUUUGGUUAUCUCUU